GCCAAAACAAACACACACUGUGCGUAUCACAUAUGUGUAGGCUUGAGGAGUGCGUCAAGUCGCACUUUCGAUAAUUUUUUAUUUUCUUGAAUUGCUGCUUGUCAAUUUUUUACUAGAUUCUGGCAAUAAGAUACAUCACCGUGAAUGGCAUGUCGUCGUUCGUGGGCGGCCAAGGGAGGAAAGUAUUAUGAGCUCAGGCUCUAAAAGCGAUCCCUGGUUGAGUGAAGGCUGGCCUGCCAACGAAAUCAACUUUGCAGACUUCUUUCCCAAAUCCGAAUAUCCCCCGCAUGCUGCGCCCAGCGGCCCGACCGAAGAGCUGAAGGACUGUAAACCGUGUGCCCCACCAAAACUAGGCGACUUAGGAAAUCAUGCUCUUAAGCAGGCCCCGCACAACAGUGAAUAUUUCUUUGAUUCAUUUAAGGUGAUUCCUGAGCUUUUAGUAGAGAGAUUGCACCAAGAGUAUUCAGUUAAUUCAGCCAACAGUGGACAGCAUCAUAAUUAUAAGUUCUUGGAGACAGUUGAUAAAAAAUUUUUUGAGUGGAAACCAAAUACCAGCAACCUUUUGAGCAAUCAAGAUCUAGGCUGUUAUUCUAAUUUCCAAAAACCAGCCAGUAACCAGGCCCCGAGAGAAACUGAGCCAGAAAGUUUCAACAAGCAGAUGAACAUGAGUUUGGGCGGUCUCAGCGGACCCUUUGUGUACCAGCCAUUCAUUUUGGCAACCGCUCCUGGAUUCAAAUGUGGAUGUGACCCAAAGGGCAGCCACCACUUCUUGUGCCCCAACAACUCCAGGGUUGAUACAAUGAACGACUCCUCCAAGUUGAGCGACUCUGGCAGUUCAGUAGGCUCAAUAGACAGGUCGAUCGAACGAGCCAUAGAGAAAUCUAUGAGGCCACAGAACAUUCGAAGUAACAAAGAGAGACCAUUUUCUUGUGAUGAGUGUGGGAAGUCAUUUUUGCUGAAACACCACCUGGUUACUCAUGCUAAAGUUCAUACUGGCAUUAGACCAUACGGCUGCAUGGACUGUGGCAAAACUUUCACUCACAAGCACUGCCUGACGACACACCAGAGACUGCACUCGGGUCUUCGACCAUACCAUUGUGAGGAGUGCAAGAAGUCGUUCACCUUGAAACACCACUUGGUUACCCACCAACGGACGCAUUCCAAAGAACGGCCAUACCGAUGUGAGAGCUGCGGAAAACAUUUUGGCCAGCGGCGGACGCUGAACAUGCACAUGAAACUGCACAGUGGCGAGCGGCCCUUUCAGUGCCCCGUCUGUGACGAGUGCUUCGCCCAAGAGGAGCAGCUGGUGGCCCACUCAAGAUUCCACGGUGGCAACAACGCUUUUGCCUGCUCCGACUGCGGACAGGCUUUUGCCCGGAAGUUUGAGCUGGUUGAUCACAGACGCACACACGGCCACUCUCCCUAUGCCUGCACCAUUUGUGGCAAGGAGUUUCUACAGAAGCGCACCCUGCAGCAGCACAGCAAGCUGCACGACGGCACCAAGCCGUACAUCUGCAAAUACUGCAACGAGUGCUUCGCACAGAUGGGCGACUUGAUCGCUCACGCCAAGAUCCACACUUGCUACACAUGCAAAGAGUGUGGUUGCGGCUUUCCCUCGCACGAGCUGCUCAUUGUCCACCUGCAGCAGCACGGCCGCGUUGUCCUGCCGCAGCCUCCACCCCCCAAACCUGUUCCCCCUAAAAAGUUUGUGUGUCCUGAAUGCGGCACAGGAUUUGCCCAGAAGCAUGGUCUCUCCCAGCAUGUGAAUCGGAAGCACAAAAGCAAAGACAUCUCGAUGGUCAGCCAGAUGCCGGAUGAGUCGGUUCUGCUUCCCGGACCUAGUGCAAGUGGCAUCAUGGAACAGAUUAAAAACCAAGUGCUCAGCGAGCAGCUCAGAGCCAAAAUGCUGUAAAACAUCUCAAAUUUGACUUAAUGGUAUGAAAAGAUCUGAUUAAUUUUUAGUUGCAAUUGGCUAAGUAUUUCCUGAUAUUUGUUUGUUUGUUAACAUAAAUUAUUUUAAAUUUUAUGAAUUUCGGUUCAUCCGUCAUAAUAAUGAGACUUGCUAUAAAAUUUAACAAUAAAUUUUUGAUUGAAGUAUUAAAAUUGAAAGUAAAUAGGGUUCAGAAAAUGGAUUAUUAAUUUAUUAUUAUCUCUAAUAGUUAAUCGCAAAAUUGUUAAUUUUAUUUGGGAUUUAAACUUGCAAAAACAAAGCUAAAAUUACCAUAUAUAUUUUUUUCCUUUAAAACAUUAAAUUACUUAAAAAAUAUUUGAAAUCCAAAUUACUGAGACCUUAAUUUAAUUUCUGCAUUCCCUGAAUUUAUUAGAUUGCAUCUUUUACUUUUGUCUAAAUGUAAUGCAAUCUAUUAUUCUCUGCUACAGUCCAAUGUUUGCUAGAACAAUAAUGAAAAAUAUCAAAAAUAUUCAGUUUCGUAAACUGUUUGCUCCAUGAGUGAAUAAGAAAAAUCACAGCCCCUAGCACUGAUGACUCAUAUGAUUGUAUGACUUGCAAUGUAAAUAACCUUAAUGGCAGCGUUUCCUCUCUUUAACUUUCGUAAUUCUGCUGAAAGUAGUAGGAAGUCUCUAGUCGGUGUUUGAUAGACCAACUAUGAAGAUUUUAAUAUAUUGUCACCCUAAUUUGAAACUUAAUUUUUCUUAUUCUGGUGCAAAUCUAUAUUGUCUGUGUUCCAUGAGUAUAUCAAUUAAUAAAUUUUAGAACUUUCGUAUUAAAACUAAUAUUAUAUAAUAUU